AUCUUAUGAUUAUAAAAAUGUCUCGAUUACUAAUAUUUCGAUUAUUAAAAUCAUUCGAUUAUGCCAAUCACUAAUUUUCACACACCCGUUAUCAGUUGUCUCAAGUAUAAAUUGUGAUUACCGAUUAGAGAUUACAAUGUAAAUACCACCAACUACUAUGAACCAAGUCAACUAUUUCGACAUCGGUGAUAAAUACUAAUUAGUUAACAUCGGAUCAGAAGCCCCUAGUGUUCCAACUUUAAAAUGAAAUGAUCAAUAUUGAAAAACCAGACCUGCUAUGCGGAAUUUUGUGAUUAUGUGAUUAAUCCUCUAUCGAGUAAAAAUUUAGUUGAACAAUUUAUAUAAUUAUAAAAUGAUUCAGUUUGUACAAUCGCUGAUUUUCAUACUGCUCAUAGCCAAAUCAAUGUGUGAUCAAUCAGACGAAGGUGUUAAAUAUGCUAGUAAAUGUGAAGCUUGUAAAAUAUUAGCAACAGAAUUAGAAAGUCGUUUACAAGAGACGGGUAAAACAAGUGAAUACUUAGAACUCGGAUACUCUAUAGAUCAGCCGAAAAUAAAAAAAGAGUAUAGAAAAUCAGAACUACGUCUAGUUGAAUCAUUAGAUGGUCUCUGUGAAAGAAUAUUGCAGUACAAUAUUCAUAAAGAAAGAACCGAUAGUACACGUUUUGCUAAAGGAAUGAGUCAAACUUUUGAAACACUACACGGUCUUGUAAAUAAAGGUGUAAAAGUUGAGCUUGGAAUACCAUAUGAACUCUGGGACAAACCAUCAGUUGAAAUAACAAAUAUGAAAACUCAGUGCGAAGAUAUGUUAGAAAAUUUUGAAUCAGAUAUAGAACAGUGGUAUUAUAGUGAUCAAACUAAAAGUUUAAAAGAUUUUUUAUGUAGAGACCGUGCUUUGAAAAGUUCUGAUGUAUCAUGUUUAAGUGAAAUACUAGUUAAAGGAGACACAGGAAAAAUUAAACAGGAAUUGUAAAUCUAUGAUUAAAACUACAAAAUUGGAUAUUAUGAAUAAUUUUAUCAUAAUUAUAUUAUCCAUGUGAUAUUUAAUAUUAUGUUUUUAUAAUAAUAAAUUAAGUGAAUUUGAUUAAUGUGCAUUAUCAUUUUGAAUUCUAUAAAUCAUUUUAAUUUAUUUAAUCAUAUAUCAAGUCUUGUGUUUACUUACUAUUAUGAAUAUAAUUAAUUAUAUAAUCCAA